CUUACACGAAAUUUGCAGUUCUUUUCUUCAAUCUUAAUUGCUGUUCUUGUUCUGUCUCUCAUGGGAAGUCAUGGCAGAAAGAAGUUUUCGCUCUUCAGCUUAUUUAAAGCAAGAAGGUCGUCUCAUCAUAGAGUUGAAGCUGAUGCAUCCUGGGACGACGUCGUUUACACAAGAAAGGCAUGGGCCAGCGACGAGGACAAGCGUUACUGGGUGGCUGAGCCAGGUAUUGACCGUAAAGCUUCUGCUUUCAUCGCUAAGUUCCAUGCCUCUCGUGUCUCUGAGUCCGAACGCCAAACUCUCCCUCCUUGC